GCACUUGGGGAAAAUGUACAGGUCAAAAAAGAGGUCAAACAAGAGCAGCGGAAAAGUCAAAAACAAAUGGAAACCAGUAGACAGAGACUAUCCAAACUGAAGUUGGAUGGAAGUGAACUAGUGACAAACGUAAGAGUUGCAGUAGACUCACGGGCGACCCAAGCAAGAGCAGAUGAAUCUAAUACGAAAACAUUAAGGUUGGAAAGGCUGGAAGCUGAGUCUAGGGCAGAUUCUGACAAAUUUGAUGAGAUCACUGACAAGUGGGGAAGUGCUAUGGACCAGGAACUUCCAGAAGAGUUGUAUAGGGAGCUACUGAAACAGAAGUCGCUUUGUGGGGCUGUCAUUGAUGAGAAAAACAGGUUAAUCAGUGAACUUCAGAAGGAAAUGUACAGGAAAGACGACCACUAUGUAAAACAGUUGAAGAAACAAGCAGAGGACAUAGAUCUAUUGAUGGAGCGAAUUGAUGAGCACAUAAAGUCACUUAAUCGUUCUUACAAGAAUGAGUUGAAUGACAUAGAGAAAGCCUUCGAGUCUGAAAGAAGGGAAUUGCUCCAAAAUAGCAAAAAGAAGUUGGAGCAUAUGAUGCAAACUAGACAAGACACCGAGUUAGAAUACAUGAAGAAACGAGACAAGUACGUGGAGGAGCACGACUUUCAGCUAGACCAUCUGCGUGGAAACGACUCGGAGGAGUUUAACCAGGUCAAAAUCAAGCUGGAAACAGAUGUACAGAUUUUAGAGCAACAGCUUCAACAGAUGAAGGCAACUUAUCAGUUAAACCAGGAAAAACUCGAAUACAAUUUCCAAGUCCUAAAGAAACGUGAUGAGGAGAAUACAAUUACCAAGUCUCAGCAGAAGCGCAAAAUAACCCGGCUCCAAGACGUUCUGAACAACCUGAAAAGCAAGGCUGUCAAACAAGAGAAGCAGUACAGGGAUGAGAACAAUAGCUUGACAGAUGACUACAAGAGAAUAUCUGAGCAGCUAGAAGAUUUACAAAAGAAGGGACGUCAUUUCCAGGUCACAGAUGCUAAGAGGUUCUAUGACAUCUGGUGCAUGAAUGAAGCCCAGGUCAAGAUGUUUGUAAAGAAAAUUCUAGAAGAGGAUAGGAUUAUUCAUGAGCAGCAAUUGGAUGUGCAAUGGCAGCCACCCGCCAUUUCUCUAGACAAUGAAGGGCCAAUCAUCAGUGGCAAAGACAAUCAGACAUUGAAUUCAGCCUCUGAAGCUGCCUCUAAGAUAAUGGCAGUGCAUGAGGGAAGAGAUCGGACAGGUAGCAGGGCGACCUCUGCAGCCAGCAAGGCAUCGUCCACAGACCAUCUCAGUAACCACCUCAUGAGAAGAAUAAUGGAGCUUUUAUCAUCUGAAUCGAAUUUCUUGAUGGAGGAAAAACUUGAUGAACUUUUAUCACCAAGAAGUGAGGAAGAGAAAUCUUUAAUACGUAUGGAUUCAAUAUUUUCGGUACUGGGAGUUGAGAGAGCAGAGGAUAUUGACAAAUUGAUGCCUUACUUUAUUAAAGACAGUUUUAUGCAGCCAGAUACCGCGACUCCGAGCCCCCAAGGAUCAGUUGCUCUAACGCAGCAGUUGGGAAUGAGACUGAUAGAGCGCAAUGAUGUUUUAAAGGCACUGCGUAGGUUUGCAGAAGACCACCACAAACCUGUCAUUGGCCAGCAGAAACAGCAGAGCAUGAAAAUCUCUGCCAUGGAAGAGAGAGACGAUUCAGGAGACUCCACUUACUGGCAGUCAUUCUUGCAACUUAUGAAUGAUAAGAAGGAGAGUGUGUGGAAGGCAUUGCUAAGCGGCCUUGAUAGCUACAGCAAUGUGUUGCAAGAAAGGUCCAGCCUGCUAAGUGAGACUCAGUCACUGAGGAGCCAGAAUGCAGAGCUCCAGUCUAUUCUGCACCAUUACAUAAAUUCCAAGGUGAAUGAAGAUUUAGUGAUACCACCUACCAAAGUUCUACAAGUGAUAUCGUCCAACAACAACCUAACAUCAAGACACAACUAGGCUAAUGGCAAGUUAUCCUCAUCUAGUGGAUUAGAAGAUAACUUUUGGCACUUUCACAUGGUAUAAACAUCUGCACGUAUUAAUGUAUAAUAAGGAUGUUGAUCCGGAUACAUCUACUGGGCAAGUUUUGUAUUAAACAUAUAUCACAACAUUACUUAGCCAAUUAUCAAGUUUUUCUGCCUCAUAUAAUAUUUUUUGAAAUAUAUUAAUAUUGCGACUGCACCACUCAACAUGGGUUUCGGUUAACCAUCUGGUUAAUUUGGUUACAUACCAUGCAGUUACUCUACUCUUCAAUGAUAAUGACGAAUCACUAAAAUCCAAUGUUUAAAAAUUGAUUAUAGAAAAGUUUGUUGAUUAUGAACGAGGAAAUUGUUUAUUUGUGCUGCUGCUCUGGAUGUUGACUAAGAUGUGCCUUUGAAUUUUAUUUUCACAUGUUAAAGACGUAUGUAAUUCACAUGUGUAAACUUGCAAUCAGUGUAUGUAAAAACUGUAUCAUAAAUAUAAGAAUAGUUCUCCUUAAACUAAUAUAUGUAAUCCUUUGUCAUUUAAAUUAUUUAAAAGUUAUUUUGACCUAUUAUUAACAAGUUAGGAGAAUGAAGUAAAAUAAGCAGUGGUUGCGAUCAGCUCAAGAGGAGGAAGCAAGUAAUUAAUAGCAUCAGCAUGUAAUAUAGAUCAAUAUCAGCACACAUUCAGCACAUUUUUAUUAUUCUUUUUUUCAAAUUGAGGCUCACGAUGAGGGGCAGCACCUGCAGGGGCAUGAAACUAGAUAAAUAUCUAGUUUCAUGUUCCUGAUUAUACCAUACGUAGCAGUUAAAUACCAAAAGUUGCAACUGGACCCCGCGCAUUUAAUUUGCUUAGAUCGUCGACACUCGAUGGUGGUUUUGGAACUAAAAUUUUUGGGGUGAAUUUCUUCAUUUUCCCCUCUCCAGGAGUUUACUCAAUACUACCCUGUAUGCGUGGAUAUCUUUUGUGUCGGUAUCUUAUUAUAUCUAUGACGCAGGUCCUAUGUAAUUUCUUGGCGACAUCUAGUCAUAUAUGUGUAAAUAGAUUACUUCACUGCGAGUUAUUGUUUCCUAAUAGCAGCUCAUAUUCCGAAUUAAAAAUGUGAGCGUUCUAUUUAGCUUAUCUGAUGGUGUUCUUCAGACGUUUCAUCUGAAUAUUUGGUUUAGUUUAAACCACAUAUUUACAUGCUACGUUUAUAUAGAGUAGAUGAGUUGAGAUAUCAGCUUUAAACAUCAAUUUCAACCCACACCCAUCAUUCUUUAACUUCUCUAUAUAGUAAUAUUAAAUUGUAUGAUGCUCACAAUAAAUUAAGGCUAUCACCAAGAGAUAGAGACAUAUAGUUACAUUAACUUUCCACACAUUGAAGGUUGAGUACGGAUUUGCUACCAAACCUUUGUGUUUAAAAUUCCUACUCAACUGUCGCCUUUACACCUUCGUGAAACCCUGCUGAAGCACAGCUUUUGUCAUGUAUAUUUUUCCGAAAUUUAUUUCCAUAGCUACAAAUACCCCAUUUUUUAUGUGAUUUCUAGACUUGGUGUACGUGUUGCAAACUUGCACAACGUGUUGCAAAUUAUUAAAUUUUCAGAUUGUGUAUUGUAAAGGUAAAACACUAACUAUUAAUAUAGCUAUACUUAAUAUGCAUUAGCCUUUUAUUAGCUGUACUCGUAUUUUCACACUUCUGCGAUGAGUUAAGAUAAAUGGGCCUAUUCAGUUACUGCCAGAGCAGUUUAUUGUGCGGUGUUUGCAUGUGCAUUUUACAAUAAAGUAGUUUGUUAUCCCACGUUCGUUAUACACGU